ACAAAUUCUUAUUUACCAGUUUCCCUGAUGAACUCUUAGAGGAAAGGUGUAUGUGAGAAUAAUUAUAUAUGACCCCUUCCACACCUGAAAGUGGUUUCUUGCUUAUCUUCUCAGGUGCUGUUAUUUCAAUCACGCAGACUGCACCCAAUUUAAAUUGCUACAGAUAAUAUUGGAUAUGCAUAAGUAUAAGUUGACCUCAUGUACAAAUUGAGGACAAAAUUAUGAAGUUUUGAAUAAGCUGAGGAUGUAAAGAAUGAAGUAAAGGAAAACAAUGCCAAAGAUCUUACAAAAUUCUAGAAAAUUAGUUGGAUGAGGAGGGAACCAAGGCAAAUUGUGGCUUUGAUAUAUGGAGGAGGUAAGGACUGAUUACACUCCUGAUGUCCAGUUGACUUUACCUAUUGGAAUGGAUGGACAAAAUGAAGUGGAUUUUUCCAAUAAUAACAUUGCACCAUUGUGGAGGAGAAGAUCUGCUCACCAACUCCAUUUGCAUGCAAAGAACAAGCCUAGGCCCCAAUCCUACCAGAGUUCCACCGGGGUCCUCUUCACUGAUUUUCCUGUAGAAGACAGAGACACAUUUACUUUAACUCAGCGUGCAGAAACAAUUACUUCUCCAGACAUCAAAUCCAUUCAAAGAAAUCCUCUACGCUUUGGCUGCAGUUUUGACUCUGUGCCAAAUGGCAAGGUUCAAUUUUCAGAGUGUAAAGCUGUCUCCCCAAGGCUUUCUGAACAGUCUCCUCAAACCUUGAAAAUGGUUCCAAACAAGUCUAUAAAUUUUACAGCCAAUGGUUCAGUAGGCAGUAAGCUGGUUAACCGAGGAAGAGUUUCCAAUCAGACUGGACAGAUUCCUGAGCAGGAUCAAACUGCUUGCAUAUCAGGUCUUGGAUCAUCACUUACAGAAGUCAUGCAUUCACCAAAUAACAACACAACUGCUGCGUUUGUGUUACAACCCAGCCAACUUUCUAAAAACUCAGAGCAGACAUCUGCCAGCCUAUCUGCUUCUUUGGAGCAACAGCAUCUGCCUCUCCAAAGACUACCAUCAAAUCAGAAUGAGAUUACAGAAACACCACCUGUGGUGCUGAGCACAAAUAGUCCUGUUGCCUUAAAAGUGGGAAAGCAGCAGAUCAUCCCUAAGAGUUUAGCUUCUGAAAUAAAAAUAACCAACAAAGCCAACAGUCAAAAUGUAGAACCAAACAGAAGAGUUCUGAAGGUUCGUAGCAUGGUAGAGACUCAUGGCAUGCCUUUGGUAGGUGGUGGAGACGAAGCAACAGAUGGUGACAGGGAAAGCCCAGGAAUACUAAGACGAAGUUUGCGGUCCACUUCAUAUCGCCGUGCUGUUGUGAGUGGUGUUGAUUUUGACAGCACUGCCAAUGUUAAGAUUAAAAACAGGAUGUCUCAACCAGCACUGAAGGCAGUCCUGGAGGACAAGGAGAGAUUCUCCAGUUUAGGAAGAAUAAAGAAGAAAAUGCUGAAAGGACAAGGGACCUUUGAUGGAGAAGAAAAUGCUGUGUUAUAUCAGAACUACAAAGAAAAAGCUCUUGAUAUAGAUUCUGAUGAAGAGUUGGAAUCAAAAGAACACAAGUCAAAUGAAAAAAUAGUUAUUCAAUAUAAACCUUUGAGAUCAACAUGGAGUCAGUUGUCUGCGGUGAAGAGAAAUGGCUUAUCCCAGACAAUCAGCCAAGAAGAAAGAAAAAGACAAGAGGCUAUAUUUGAAGUAAUAUCUUCAGAACAUUCAUACUUACUUAGCCUGGAGAUUUUGAUUCGGAUGUUUAAAAACUCUAAAGAACUAGCUGCUACAAUGACAAAGACAGAAAGCCAUCACCUCUUUUCCAAUAUUGCUGAUGUGUGUGAAGCAAGUAAGAAGUUCUUUAGGGAGCUUGAAGCAAGACAUCAGAACAAUAUAGUCAUAGAUGACAUAAGUGAUAUUGUAGAAAAACAUACUACCUCAACUUUUGAUCCUUAUGUGAAAUAUUGCACAAAUGAAGUCUACCAGCAGAGAACGCUCCAGAAAUUACUAGCAACUAAUCCAACCUUCAAGGAAGUGCUGUCACGGAUUGAGUCCCAAGAAGAAUGUAGGAAUCUACCUAUGAUUUCUUUCCUUAUUCUCCCAAUGCAGAGGGUCACGCGGCUUCCACUGCUGAUGGAUACUAUUUGCCAGAAAACACCUAAAGACUCACAAAAAUACGAAGUUUGCAAACGAGCUUUAAAAGAAGUUAGCAAGUUGGUUCGCCUCUGCAAUGAAGGUGCUCGAAAAAUGGAAAGGACAGAAAUGAUGUAUACGAUCAACUCCCAGCUGGAAUUCAAAAUCAAGCCAUUUCCACUGGUUUCCUCUUCCCGGUGGCUAGUGAAACGGGGUGAAUUAAUGGCCUUUGUGGAAGACAUGGGACUUUUCUCUAAAAGAACUUCUAAGCAACAAGUUUACUUCUUCCUCUUUAACGAUGUCCUCAUCAUCACAAAAAAGAAAAGUGAAGAGAGCUACAAUGUCACAGACUAUUCCUUAAGGGAUCAGCUGUUAGUUGAACAGUGUGACAGUGAAGAGCUGCAUUCCUCUCCUGUAAAAAACAGCACACCUAUUCUUUACUCUCGGCAGAGUUCUCCAAAUCACCUCUUCAGAUUAAAUGUCCUAAGUAACCACGCAGGAGAGAAGAUUGAACUGCUGCUGGGAACUGAAACUCAGAAUGAACGGGCUCGCUGGAUAACUGCACUUGGUCAGAGCAAUGAUAGACGGAGUAUGGAUAGGACAACCCUGACCCAAGUGGAGGUCAUCAGAACCUAUACUGCCAAACAGUCAGAUGAACUCUCCCUCCAGGCUGCUGAUGUGGUUCUCGUCUAUCAGAAAGUGAAUGAUGGUUGGUAUGAAGGAGAGCGUUUGCGUGAUGGAGAAAGAGGCUGGUUCCCAAUGGAAUGUGCCAAGGAAAUCACCUGUCAAGCCACCAUUGAAAAAAACAUGGAAAGAAUGGGUCGCCUGCUAGGCCUGGAAACAAAUGUAUAGACUCGAGUUCUAAUAACCACACACUAAUAUUUGCACUCAGUGAGAUCCAUGGCAUCUUGGUCUCCGAAUGGUCAGUUUGCAGCUAUAGCAUGUGAAGAAGGUGUCACAGAUAUCUGCACUAAUUAAAUGUGAAAACAUCUAUUCAGAGAUUGCAAGGAAAGAAGAACUUCUCAAUACAAGUCAGUAGCAUGUUUAAAGCAAUAAACUAUUUUAAUUAAAACGUAAAUCUCCAUUUGUAAAGUUCAUAACAGAAUGAUCUUUUGGAUUUCCACAUUGCCCAAGCCACUCUUAAAUUUUAAUUCAAGUGUAUCUGUGUACUUGAGCUUUCUUAUUUCACCUUCCAUUUUAGUUUACUGGACCGGUUUUGUUUCUGUGUAACUGCCUUGGCUUAGCAAGAAGCAGUGAUGUGCAAAGCCUGCUUCUGUACAUGCAUUGCUCUGGGUGCCCAUACAAUCAAACCAGUGAUGUCUGUGCCUCCUUUGAUUUUGAACUAGAGCUACAGUGUGGCUGUAGAGUAGAAUCUAUGGAGCAUUAAUUAGAAGUAUAUCCCUCUGAAGUCCCACAUAAUAUUUAUUGAUAGCUUUCCGCUGUAUGGUUCAGGCACCUCUAUUUUAACACCUGUCAUAGACAGAAAAAGAAGGCAUCCAACAGGAAAGUAAAUAAAUCCAGUAGUUCAUAACAAAAUUGACAAAAUUUUGACAGAAAUUCAGUUUUGUUUGAAAGUAUGGAAGUGGACCCUUUUUUCUGCUGGUAUCUAUGGAGGGUUUCCAGAACCUUGUGUAGAAACCAAAAUCCAUGGGUGCUCAAGUCCCAUUAUAUAUAUAGUGGCAUAUUAAAAAUGUAUCCCUUUAUAAAAUGGCAAAAUCCAGGUUUACCUUUUGUAUUUUUGUUUGUAGGGGGGUUUUUUUGGGAAUAUUUUAAAGACAUGAAUGGUGAAGUCUGUAGAUAGGAGGGCUGACUAUACAAAGUUCUGAUCAAGUGGCAGCUGGUAGUAGGAUUGUUUUGUUUUUAUCUUAUUAGCAAACAAUGGGCUGUUCAGAAGUAAAGACUUCCUUUCCAUUUAGUAAGCAAAAGAAACCUAGCUGAGUCAGCAGGGGUGUGGCAGGAGACACCCAACCCAGCUAGUUCACAAGGCACAAGUAGAAGAUAUUAACACAACCAUCCAGCAAAGUAGAAGUGCCCACUAUUGCUGAUCUUGGGAAAUCAGUAUGCACAUUUUGCAUUGGCCUUUUUUGUUUGGGUUUAGAAUAUAUACACUAGGUUGCAUCAAUAGAAGUAUAGUCUCUAGGUUGAGGGAAAUACUAGUCCCACUUGUCUCUGCUUUGGUCAGACCUUACCUAGAAUACAGUGUCUUGUUCUGGGCACCACAUUAGAGACAAAUGUUGACAUACUGGAACAUGUCCAGAGAAGGAUGAUGACAAUGGUUAAGGGUCUAAAAGCCAGACCCUGUGAGAAAUGUCUGAAGGAGCUAGGUAUGUUUAGUUGUAGAAAAGAAGACUGAGGAGGGGACAUGAGAGCUGGCAAUUUUUAAAUAUUGGAUAGGAUGUCACAUUGAGGAGGCAAGUAGAGAAUGGGAUAUGGGGCAAUGGAUUCAAAUUAAAAAGAAAAUAGAUUUCACCUAUACAUUUGAAAGACCUUCCUGAUGUUAAGAGUUGUUUGGCAGUAGAGUAUGCUGCUUCAGAGUGUGGCAGAGUCUCCUUUUCUGGAAGUUUUUAAGCAGAGGCUGGAUUACUAUCUGGUUUGAUUGUGUUUUGCUGCAUGACAGGGAGUUGAACUGGAUGGCCCUUGUAGUCUCUUCCACCCCUUACCUUUAAAUUAUUUAUAUCUUAGAGAGACUCUAAGAUCAACCUAUCACAGGACGUUCUUGGCCAUUUUUUUUGGGAGACAUUUGUUAUUGCCUUCGUCGAAGUCUGAGAAAGUAUGACUUCCAUAAGAUCACCCUGUGGGGUUUCCAUGGCUACAUGGGGAUUUGAAUCAAACUACUAUAUCACACUGGUUCUCAUACUUAGAUGAAUAUCUUUGAAUCAAUUCAUUAGAUUUCUACCUGUCAUGCCAGCUUUCUGCACAAUUGCCUUAGCUUUUGUUUUGUUACUGAAGAAUCCUUGCAAAUACUGUGAAUUAUGUUCUGCCGCAAAUGCAGCUCACCUUUUUUCAGUUUUUUCCUAUGUUUCUCAGCUGCAGUGAGCCUACUUGCUACGAACUCACAUUCAACAAAAUUGGUUGCUUGAUCAUUUGAUCAGUCGUUUGUCUCCAUUUGCAUAUGCUUUUUGGUGUUAACUUUACCAACUGAUUUGGUUGUCAAACCAUGGUCGCAAACUCGGCAAUCAGAAAAGUGUAUGUCCAAUUUCUUGUUCUGUAUAUAUUGGCUUUCACAGGAAACUUGAGAAGAAAUUAUCCAAACAGUAAGUGAGAGUCUGAAAACUGCUUCCCCCUCUUUUGGGGCCAAAUCACCUCCACAUUUUCACUCCUCAGUCAUUGCUUUGGCUGUGACAGUAGAUCACCAGAGACAUUUUUAAAGCACACAGAAAAUACCAGGACUUAGUAUAGUUGUCAUAUAUGUGGGGAUCAGUACUGAAGCUAGUAAAACUGGAAAAAGCUAGUAUCUGGCUGUGUUGAGCAUAAAAUAAACUCCAAUACAUAUAUUGUGGCAAUACCUUUAUUAAGCCCACUAAAAGUUCCAAAAAUUAUCACAUGACCUUUCCGUGCUGAUAGACAUUCUUAGCAAAUGUUUUUUUAAAAAAGCAUGCAGGGAAGGAAAGUGAUAAAUGUUACGAAUACAUUCCUGAACUCUGCCAUGCAAGGGUAGCAAACACAGUUCAGUCCUCAUUCAUUUGCACAAUUCACCUUAUAUGUAAAGGUUUUCCUUAUGACAUCACGAGUACACAACAUUAAUGCUUCAUAUGUUUAAAAGAAUAGGAGAAAGUACCUUGUUUCUUAAGAGUUUAUUACACUAAAUUACAUAAGGAAUUGACACCUUUUUGGUGCAGUGGUGGGUCAUAAAAAAGGCUAUCAGCCUUUGGACUAGCUGUUAGAAAGGGAUAGCAUUGCAGCAUCCAUCUAAACUACAUAUUAUGGUAAUUACAUGUUUUCCAAGGUUUUUUUCUGACUUAUGGUGACCCUAAGGUAUCACAUGGCUUCCUUGGCAAGAUUGGUUCACGGGGGUGGAGUUUCCCUUUUCUUCCUCUGAGGCUAUGAGUGUGACCUCAUAGUUGGUUUUCAUGGCAGAAGGAUAAUUUGAAUCCUAGUCUCCAAAGUCAUAGUCCAAUGUGCAAAUGAUUGCUCCAUGCUGGCUGUCUUAAAAAGUAUAUUUUCAACACUUUAAGUCAUUAAAUUCAAUAAGGAUCAGUAUGUACCAUAUGCCAAGACAGAAAAGGAAGAUACUGUUCUCAUCACUGCUUUGGAACUUUUUGCUUGGUUCCCCUGGAAACAAAAAGCUAUCACACGAAAGCUGUUUUGAAGCAUUGCGAGAUUUACAGCAUUUGCCAAAUCUGGAUUUAAGAAUUCAUAAGCAUGCUGUUAUCACAUUGGUACUUGUACACUUAAUGUUUUUCAAAGAUCUUGAAGAAUUUAACAGUUCAGGAAUGUGUUUUUAAUAAUUUCAGAUGAACCUUUUCCAAUAUUGUCUGGUUGUCAGCACAGAGAAAAGGGUUUUCCUAAAUUUGUUCAAAAGCCGUUGCUCCAUGAAUUUUAUUGGGCUUUCAUAAGUAGCUGCCUAUCAACUGAGGCUCUUGGUCUGUGGCCAAAGUGUGUUUUCUUCUCUUUCCUCAGGAGGGAGAGACAUGUCAGGAUUGCAUUGCCUGCUGAAGGACUCAUUAUAAAUAUCAACUUUGGAGUCUGACAGCAAUUUAUGUUGUCAGGCGAAGAUGUAAAUAGGAAUUAAUUUGUAAUUGCAUUUGUAAUUAAUUUAUAAAUAGCAAUUAAUUUGCAUUGCAUUUCCUUUUUAUGUAAAUAGGCAUGACAUUUUCUACACCAUGUAUUAUAAGGAACUUUGUCCUUUCUUUGCACUGCUUGUCACUCAAUAGAAAAAAGCAAAAGGUGAUAAAACUUUUUCCAAGUGAAUGAAAAUCUGUGUACUGUAAUGUUUAUAUAUUGUAGCAGACAGUGAAUAUUUGUGUAGUUCCAUGUAUACAUUCAUCUUGCACACAGUGGUCACAAUGCAGGUGCUGAAAUCCCUGCAUAAGGCAACUAAAGUAUCCAAAUGUACAGGAAGUAUGUAUGUUUUUUAAAAGCUGUACAAUAAAACUGUUCCACACGGCUUGUGUUGCUGUUUGUUUUUGAGCAGCGCUUUGGAUGGCAGCCAGUGAAACAUUGCAUUACUGUGCACGUAAAUAAAUCUGCUUCCAUGCUCAUGCAACAAAUCAUGCAAGUAUGUUCUUUAGUACUGAAGAAAUAACCUGUAUAUCUAAUCCAAGAGACAAGAUAAACUGGAAGGGUUUUUUUGCUGUCCAGAAAUUGUAUCAAUAUGAUCAUUGAAGGAUGGGAAAGGGAAGUAACAACUUUGAGCACAUGCCUCCUUCAUCCAGGCCAGGUCAUGGACAAUGUUACUCACCAUUUUGGCAGUGCUUACAACUAUCAGCUUCUUGUACUAAAGGUAGCAUGUCUCAUUCUACAUUCAUGUUCUGAGAUGACAUUCAAAGACCAUAAGGAACCGAUACAAGAUAAAUGGGGCUUCUUGGAAUCUUAAGAGACAUAUUUACCUUAUGAAGCUAUAACUAAUUUUUCCAUUAAAAUUCUGUGCUACAUUAGAUGUCAAAUUGUUGAAAUUACAGGGCGGGAAUACAGCAUACAUUUUUAAAUGUUAUAUUUAUUACUAAAGAGCUUUCAUGUUUAGUUUCUCUUCCCAUCUGCUUUUAUGGCUUCAUCAACCAAAUAUUUAUGCACAGGGAAAAUUUGACGACAUAUAGACAAAUUAAAUAUAUAAAUUCACAAAGUGCGAUUAGGUGGAGGAAGAAAUGUACAUCUGUGUGUUUUAAUUCUUUCAUUCACCAUUUUUGAACAGAGAUACAGAUCACAUAAAUUAUGCACACAGAUGACAUCUGUACUUCAUUACUGUCUUGUAGAUGAUGCCAAGUGAGCUGAUAGCUCUCUGGCAAAGUAGAAAUUUAGAAGUAACACUAUUGUUAAUUUCUGGGCUUUUGAGACUUGUUUCUGGAUUAAUUGCCUGGCAUCCAGUUAAUAAUGUAUGCAGGCGUCCUACUAUGCCUCUGGGCCGAAAAUUUUGCAUUGUCGCAUAGUGAUCAUAUUUGGUCUGAGGUGAAAAUCCACAUAAGCAGUAAGUGCCAUUGUGUGCAGUCAGGCUUUGGGCAUUAGUGGCACAUGGUUGAAAUUCUGUUAAUGAAGUGCUGUAACACAACCAAGGCAUAUAAUAAAUUAUUCUGUCUCCAUAAUACAGGAUCUCAGCAUAAUAGUUUAAUCAGAAGGCCUUGUACACAUUUUAAUUUGGUGUAACAUUUCUUGACCGUUAUAUGUAUCAGUCCAUAAGAUAGUUGUGACAGGCAACUUGUUACUUCUGGACUCUUCAACAGAGAAUAGUGCCCUGGGUUUCUGUCAAUCUAGAAUAUAGUAUAAAUACAUAUUUCAAAUAUUCUACAUGUUUCAGUGAUCAGUCACUGAAAUAUCUGAUACAUUCUCACUAUGACUUUUGAUGUUUUUCAUCAAAGAGCUCAGCAGUGAUGUCUCUUGUAGCUUUUAAAUUUAUGACAACUAUUUUUUAUUAACAAUUUUAGAACAGACCAAGUUGGCCAGUUAAAUCUAGAAGUUCCAAAUGCCUACAAUUUAAACAACUAAACAUGAAGAAGACUGGUGAGAGGCACAUGCACUCCAUUAGUGUGACCCAGAGAAUUGCACUUACCAGCUUUCUGACUGAGAUGUAGCUUCCAAAAUUGUAGGAAUCCCUUAUGCACUCUAUGGCUGAAAUCAAUACACUAAUACUGUCAAUAUUCUUGAUAAUAAAAUCUCGCAUAUAAAAAUAAUUAGGAUAUGGGCAUUUGGCGCAGACAUAGGAAUGUAAUUAAAAUUAUGGGAGAGAUCAGUUUUGUUAUUUGUUUAUAAAAUAAGCUUUUAAUUUAAAAAGUUAUAUUCAUGAUGCUGAAGCAGAACACAGUGUAUAUGUGAUUUUUAUAAAAUUUAAAGGGUUUACUUUCCCCCAAGCACAAUACAAAUCUAUACCAGGUGCCAUGGCCAGUAAAUCUUGUUCUGCAUCCCAAACAGGCAAUCGAUAGCAUUUUUAGUGUCUAACUGGAGUUCUGCAUAUAGGGACAGCCCUAGCUACUGGCGCAAGCACCAGCUAUUUGAUAGUACAUGGUUCUUACUGGGACUAGACUAGUACACACAUUGGCUCAAAUACCCAAAAGAAAAACUUCUCACAAGAAUUCUCACAUCUCUUGUUAUAACAAAAGCCAGCAACGCUUUUGUUCUAACAACAGUUCACUUGGAUUUUGAAGAGAAAGUACAGUAAAUAGAAAGCUAAAAAUGUGUUAAAGUGUGUGUGUGUGUGUGUGUGUUUGUGUGUGUCCGGGGGGGGGGGGGGGG